ACAAUAAUAUUUAUUAAAUUGCUGAAUUAAUUAUUUAUUUUGUAAUAAAUUGCGUGGACGAAAUUAAAACUCUCAUUUGACGGAGGAUCUAGCAUCCCCUUCCGACACUACGCGACGCGCAGGCGCAAUCCGCGCAAUUCAUGGUUGAUAUACACGCGGAUUAUGCACGUGCGUCUGUAACCUCGAACUCAACGGAGCUCAAGCUCGUAUAUGUUUCUUAAUUAUCACAGUAAUUGAUAGAUGUUGGUUUGAAUUGUUUAUUCUGACGACUGAACAAACUGCGAAUAAAAUGGGCUUGACCAAGCAGUAUCUGAAAUACGUGCCGGCAGGUAACGCAAACAUAAUCACGAGCCCUCGAUGCAACGUCGUCUUCGUAAAGCUGGACGGUCAGGAAGGCAGAUUCGUGGCUGCCGCUGCGUGCGAACAUGUAUACAUUUGGGACCUGCGGCUCGGAGAGAAGGCACAAGUGUUAUCUGGAGAAAAGGUGUGCGUAACGCGUCUGGCUGCAUCCCCCGACAAAAAGCACAUCGCAGUUGGUUACGCGGAUGGCACGGUGAAAACCUUUGAUUUAAGCACCAGCGAAAACGUUAGCAUAUUUGUGGGGCACAAGUCUGAAAUAACAACCUUGGCGUAUGACGCGUUGGGGCACAGAUUAGCUACUGGUUCCAAGGAUACGGAUAUCAUUGUCUGGGAUAUCGUGGCGGAAACUGGGAUAUGUCGGUUAAGCGGACACAAAGGUGUCGUAACCAAGUUGGUAUUCAUGAAGGAACAUAACAUUAUUAUUAGCUCUAGCAAAGAUACAUUUGUGAAGUUUUGGGAUCUGGAUACGGAACACAACUUCAAAACCCUUGUUGGACAUAAGUCAGAAGUUUGGAGUCUUGCCUUGAUGAACGACGAUCGGUAUUUAAUAACGGGAUGCAACGACAUGGAAUUACGCGUUUGGAAAAUAACCUUCCUUGAUAACAAGAAUAUUGAAUUCGAUACUGCCGUUGGUACAGAUAUCAAUGAAGAAAGUGAAGAAUGUGUCGAUACAGAUAUGAAAUAUCCUAUAAAAUGUGAAAAAGUUGGAAGCAUAAUAAGAGGCGCAAGCGGACGAGUUGUUUCAUUAGAAGUUGACUCCACAUGUAAAGUUCUUGGAUGUCACGGAGUGGGAAAUUCCAUAGAACUGUUUUAUCUACUAUCUGAAGAUAUAGUAAAAGAUAGAUUUACGAAAAGAUUGAAGAAAGAAAGGCGAAAGGCUCAGAAGGAAGGAAAUGACGCACAGAAAGAGCUACCAAAUGCACCAUCCCUAACAGACGAGAUAAGACGUUUACCUAUUGUUAAAAUCUCCGGCAAAGCGAAAGGACUUGAUUUAGUUAUAGGCAAAGGAAACGAACUGAGAUUAUGUGUUGGAGUCAAUAACAAUUCGAUCGAGUUGCAUUCUUUGUACAUGGAAGAGAAGGAUCCCGAAGUAAAAUGUUUGCGUUCAAUAGCGGCACAUGGCCAUCGUACAGAUGUUCGAGCUGUCUGUUUUAGCUCCGACAAUUUGGCAUUGGCUACCGUUAGCGGAGAUUCUGUCAAAUUAUGGAAUAGGCCAACGCUAUCGUGCUUACGCACAGUGCAGUGCGGUUAUGCCUUGACGGUAACAUUCGUGCCGGGUGACAGACAUCUGAUUGUUGGUUUGAAGGACGGAAAAAUGCUUAUUAUUGACAUUGCAUCUGGGGAUAUCUUGGAAGAAGUGCCGGCGCACUCCAAAGAGCUUUGGACCGUGACAUUAUUUCCGGACUUGAAAGGCAUUGCCAGCGGUGGUGGUGAUCAAACGGUGAAAUUUUGGAAUUUUGAACUUAUUCACGAUUCUAACAAUCAGAUAAAAGCGAAAGUUCUAUCUGUCUUGCACGUAAGGACGCUUAAGCUUGAAGAAAGCGUCCUGUGCGUAAGAAUAAGUCCGAAUAAUAGAUUUGUGGCUGUUUCUCUAUUGGACUGUACUAUUAAAAUCUUCUUUUUCGACACAUUUAAGUUCUUUGUGUCGCUUUACGGGCACAAGCUACCAGUACUGUGCAUGGAUAUAUCCAGCGACUCCACGCUCAUAGCGACCGGUUCUGCUGAUCGCAACGUCAAGAUCUGGGGUUUGGAUUUCGGUGAUUGCCACAAGUCUUUAUUCGCGCACGAUGACUCUGUCACGGGUCUCUCAUUCGUGCCUGGAACUCACUACUUCUUUACCUCUGGUAAAGACGGCAGGAUUAAACAAUGGGAUGCUGAUAUAUUUCAAAAGAUCACCACACUACAAGGUCAUGCUGGAGAAAGUUGGAGUUGUUGCGUUUCAGCGAACGGGGUUUUUGUCGCGUCGUGCGGUUCCGAUAGAGUAGUCAGAUUGUACGAGAAGACUAACGAACCUUUAGUAUUACAAGACGAAGCGGAAGAAGAAAGGGAACAACAGGAGAACGAAUUAGUUACCGGGGAAAGCACUGCGGUAUUAGGACAGAAACAACAGGCGUUACCUUCCAGAAAGACCGUUAACAGUGAGAAGGCUGCUGAGCUGAUACUGGAAUGCUUGGAAAUAUGCAACCAAUAUGAGAUAGAAUUAAGUAAAGCUGUUUCUGCUUCUGACAAAGCGCCGCCUCUUCCUCUACUGAUGCAGGCUUACGAAUGCACGAGCACAGAAGAUUUUCUAGUGGAAACUUUUAAACGAGUUAGGGCGAGUGAAUUGGAGGAGACAUUACUAUUAUUACCAUAUUCUGCCGCCUGUGAUAUUCUUAAGAGACUCCCUAAUUUGUUAAAAAAUGAUUAUCAAGUUGAGCUAUUAUCCAGAUUAGCUCUGUGCUUGGUACAAGCGCAUCACGGUCCGAUAGUGGCCAAUCAAAAUCUUUUGCCCACGUUGGAGAUUGUGAAGAAACUCGCUGUGGAAAAGAUCUCUACUUUGAGAGAUACUAUUGGCUUUAAUUUGCAUGGUAUGAUGUACAUGCAACGCAUCUUUGAGGAACGGGAAGGAAUCAAAUUCUUCAGAGACGCCACCAAGAAUGUCGAACAUAAGAAGAAAAUCAGAAGAAACAAGGAGAAGGCUGUAAAGAGAGCGAUCAUGAACUUGUAGAUCUUAUCGACAACAUAAAGAAUUUUGCAGAUAUAAAUAUGUAGCACAAAUUUUUAUCACAUACUUUGUAUAUAAUAUAAAUAUUAA